UACAACGCCUUAGAGAACGAAAUUAUCAACAAAAUCAACGCGCUAAACCUGAAGGAAACGAAGAGCGCCCCCUCUGUCAACGUGAAGAAUUACACAAAAUUUAUCGCACACAAAUUGCGGAAAAAUAGAGAGGGAAUUAUUUCCUGCAAGGAACAGAUCCGAAAUUUGGAGUUCCAAACCAGGCGGAUGCACAACGAACUCUCUGAUGGAAACAAAGAAUUAAAAAAAUUAAAAAAAAAUAUAGUAAAGUCAGACAUGCUAAAUGCUCAACUGGAGCUUAACAUCAUGACACAAAUGAAGAGAAAUAAUGCACAUAAAAGCAGGAUCUCCUUUUUAAAAAAAAAAAUGGACAUUAAUAAGGCAAAGGGUAUUAUCAACAGUGACAUUAACUACAUGGAAACGAGAGCAACCAUGAUAAAGCACAACGUCGAAGAAAGUGAAGAGAAAUAUAACAGGUUGGUUGAUGCUAAGGACAAA